ACCACAAGCUUGAGCACUUCCAACAAUAAUUUGGUUUGUCACUAAAUUUUAAUCAUCAUACAUAUAACUCUAUUUUCUACAUUUUAUUAUUUGAAAUUAUAUAUUGGACCAGUACUUGUUCUUCUUUUACAUACGUAUUAUUUUACACUUCUUUUUGCACAUUUUAUUUCUCUCAUUUGCAUAUUUUAUUUAUUUUUAUCCUAUGAUGUGAGGAUCAAUUGAUUAAGUAAUGAUGAGCUAACUAUAUUGUUUUAUAUUUCUAUUUUUGUCUUAACUAUUCAAUUAUAGGGAAAAAGAUAUUGAUCAACAGUUGAGAUUGUAAUAUGGCUCCAAAACCGGAGAAAAAAAUAUUUUUUGGCGCACCAUUGCAAGAUGAGGACUUAUCAAGAAACGUUCCUAGCAAUGAUAAGGAGGAACCUGAACUUGAAAUUGAACCUUCAGAAGUCACUGAAAUAAUUCCAAAAUGUUGUGAAUUUGAUAAUCAAAUUAAAUUGCUUAGUGAAGCAUAUCACUUGGUAUAUGGAGGUCCAACGAAUUUGUUGAAUGAUUCCUCUAAUUUAACAGAAAUUAAGACUCCUAUGAACAAUACAGUGCUACAUAUUGCAUCUUUGUAUGGCAAUGAUGAAAUUGUGACACUUAUAAUUGAACAUUCUCCAAAACUUUUGUUCAAAUUUAACAAAAACAAUGAUAGUGUCUUACAUGUUGCUGCAAGAGGUGGACACAUCUCAACCGUUAAAAUACUAUUAGCAAGUUAUGCUAAUUUUAAAAAGACGGCUAUAGCAACAGCAUGGUUAGAAUACACUGGAUAUGAGGAUGAUGAUUUAGAAGACUAUGAUGCCAUCUCAAAUAUGGAGGACCUAUUAAAUUUUGUGACAAAGGAGAAUAAUCAAGGAAACACUAUGUUACAUGAGGCAAUGUUAUGUGGCGACAAGAAGAGCAUUGAUAGGGAUAAUAAUAUUUUCAAAAUUUGUGAAAUUUACAAUUCAAAUGAUCGGUUUGGGAAAUCAUUGUCAAAGUGUUGUUAUGAAUAUGCAUUAGAUAUUGUUAACCAUGCCAAGAAAUCAGUGCUUUACAUAGCAGUUGAGAAUGGAUACAAGGAUGUAGUCAAACUAAUCUUGGAGAAAUCCCCUAAGAAUGAUGCGAAGCCGGAGGGAUUAUCCCCGCUUGUUGCAUCAAUUAUGAAGCAUAAUCAAGAAAUGCUAAGCAUGAUACUAGAAAACAAGCCAACUUGGAUCCAUUCAAGGGACAAACAUAAAAGGCUUCCUCUUCAUUAUGCAGCAUCAAUAGGUUAUCUUGAAGGUGUUGAUUUAUUACUUAAGAAAUGUAAAUGUUGCACAAUUCAAAGAGACAAAUAUGGAUAUUUCCCAAUUCAUUUAGCAUCUUACGGUGGCCAUGUCGAAGUAGUAAACAAGAUUUUAGAAUAUUGUCCAGAUCCAACAGAGAUGGUUGACACUGUUCAUGAACGUAACAUUCUUCACAUUGCAGCAAACUAUGGAAAACAUGAAGUGGUACAUUACAUAUUACAAAGUCAAAUUCUUGAACAUGAUAAGAUGAUAAAUCAAAAAGAUAAUAAGGGAAAUACUCCUUUGCAUUUGGCUGCAAGAUCAUGUCAUCCAACAACUGUGUACUACUUAGUUAAUCAAAACAAGGAUAGAGUGGAUCUUGAUUUAGUUAACCAAAAUAAUGAAACAGCUCUUGAUAUUGUUAGGGCACUUUAUGAGCUUGAUAAAUCAUCUUUGAGACAGCAUCUUACAUGGACUGCACUUAAAUCUGCUGGUGCAAAUCAUAGUCCUAGAAAACCACCACUCUAUAUUGAUUCCAAACAAAGUGAUUCAAAUUCACCCAGAAAAACAGAACAAGAGAAAGACAAAAAACAAGACCAGGUUGAAGAAAAGAACAAAACAACUGAAACAAAACAGAGCAAUGAAAACUCAACAAAAACAGAGCAAAAACAGAGUAACACAGAAAAAGAAAAAGCCACUGAAAGAUACAAAGACAGAAUAGAAAACCUCACAAUUGUUUCAACUCUUAUAAUAACAGCAUCAGUAGCAGCAUGUUUAGCUGUUCCAGGUGAAGCAGAAGGAAAAGCACACAACCUAAAUCAUGCAAUGUUUCAUGUUUUCAUUAUCUUCAUCACAGUAUCAUUGUUCAGUGCCAUUAGUGCUACUAUCAUACUCUUUUGGGCAACACUUGGAUUAACUGAACUAUUAACUUUCUCUCUCAAAAUCGUAAUGCCGCUUCUUGGAAUCGCUCUCAUUUCAUUAUCUUUGGCUUUCAUGGCUGGUCUUUACACUGUUAUCAGUGAACUUACUUGGUUGGCCAAUGUGUUUCUUGUUAUGACUGUGAUUUUUGUUUUAGUUGUGAUUUUUUUGUAUAUACUUCUUUUCCUUCCAUCAUCAUCAACUAACAAGUCCUUGCGGUACAUUUCUCACUACCCUUAUCUUUUUUUAGCAUCACGUACUGAGGUUAAAACUGAUCAAGAUGCUAAUGCUUGGUGGUAGUGGAAGUGUAACUGAAUAUUGUGUAUUGUGGCUAAGUUGGGAUUCAUCACUAAAAUUAUAUGUACAUCUCCUUUUAUUUUGUGUGUGAAA